UCUCUCUCUCUCUCUCUCUCUCUCUCUCUCUCUAAGCGUAAUGUAUGCAAUGGUUUCGAUAAUUCUCCCAAAUUCAGAUAAUACGCAGUUUCUAAUCUGUCAAAAUGUCGAUUUUUUCGAGCUUUUGUCGAUCGGAACUUACAAAUUGCGAACGAUUUCAGUACACAUUUGCCCUAAUUAGUGAGUUUUUAGGAGUAGUUUUCCGAAAACAAAAUUUGGGAUCACAGGGAGAUUUUUGCUAAGGAAAAAUGUGAGUAGAGUCCUUUUAACAAUUAGAGUAAACUUAGGGGUGCUGAAUGCAAUAAACCCUAUACAUUUUGGCUUUUUUGUUAUAGCAAUUUCUUUUGAAAGAUUUGGGCUUUUGAGUUUUGUGGUUUGGUUCAACUUACUUUUGGUUCACUUGAUAUGUAAUCAGUAAGUAACAAUAAUCAUUGUUUGGAUUCUGCUAUAUAAUGCUGGUAUAAGGUAUUGUUUGUUUCUGUAUUAAUAGGCAAAGUUCCAAACUUCCACAAUGACUAAAGUUGUUCUAUCUGUUUACGAGUUUUGCAGAUUCGAGGAGAAAUAAAUAAGAAAUUAUGUCGCCGGGAAAGGAAAUCGUCGAUCUUUCAGGACCUGCUGUAUCAGAAAGAGAACAUUUCGACCUUUCGGGACCUUUGCAUUUGACAACAGUUGAUUGGACAAAUCCGAGUCACCGAAGGUCAGUUGCAGCUAGUUUGGUUCAGAGCGUAUAUAUAUUGGAAAGAGACCGCCAAGAAAAGCGAAACGGCCCCCACGCUCUCGCCCCUCCUUGGUGGGAGUUUUUCCAUUUUAAGCUAUACAAGCACCUCAUCGACGAAGCUGAUUCUUGCAUAUUCGGUGCCAUAUUCCAGCUCACCACUCCCACAACCCACAAUUCCCCACGCUUUGUCAUUGCCUUUCGAGGUACGAUAACCAAAGGCGACGCGUUCACACGCGACCUCGAGCUCGACGUCCACAUCAUCCGAAACGGGCUCCACCAAACAUCCCGUUUCGAGACAGCUAUACAGGCCGUUCGCUACGUCAUCGCCACGUUCGGAAGCUCGAACGUAUGGCUGACAGGUCAUUCUCUAGGUGCAUCUAUGGCAUUGCAGGCAGGGAAAAGCACCGCAAAAACGGGUAUUUUCCUCGAGGCCUUUUUAUUCAAUCCUCCAUUUUUGUCUGCACCGAUUGAGAGGAUAAUCAAGGACACGAAAGUGAAGCACGGGCUUCGAUUCGCUGGGAGUGUUAUUACAGCUGGGCUGGCUCUUGCAAUGAAAAACAAGAACCGUGGUUCGGGGGUAAAUACGACAUUUGACGUGCUGUCAGAGUGGCUGCCAUGUCUGUUUGUGAAUCCGAGUGAUCAUAUAUGCUCGGAGUAUGUGGGGUACUUCGAGCAUAGGAAAAGGAUGGAGGAGAUUGGGGCGGGGCAGAUUGAACGGCUGGCGACGAGGCACUCGAUCGGAGGGCUGCUGUUGAAUGCGGUUGGUGGGGUGGAGUUGGAGGAGCCGCUGCAUCUGAUCCCGUCUGCGAAUUUGACGGUGAAUUUAACUCCGGCGACUGAUUUUAAGGAUGCUCAUGGUAUACAUCAGUGGUGGAGGCCUGAUCUGCACUUGCAAUCUAACUCUUACAAGUUAUAGAUGAUAAAUUCAUUUCCUUGGUCAAGAUUCUUGAAUUUAUUUAUUUAUUUAUUAAUUAUUAUUAUUUUUAUUU